UUCGCUGUCCCAACGAUUACACGGGCGCUGCCACUCUUUAAUAAUACAUUCUCAGUGGUCACAGUCGGGCCCCUUCCAGCAUUCGAAGUCGGGCCCUUUCGAAAGUUAGCCUCUUGGUGCAGCACUCGUAUGAGAAUCCUGAAAUUCUGUGUACGAGCACUCUCACUACCUCUCUGCCUCUAAGGCCUUGAAUUGCUAUGGCAACAAUUGUUGUCGACAAGCCACCGAGCUGUCAAACAUGACAGAGAACAUCUUUUUAAUUAAAAUAUUCGUCAAGUAUCGUACCAUUAUUUAACAAUUAUACGUGCGAAACUUGUUAACGAACUUAUAAAACGAAUUAUAGUAAAAGAUGUAAAUAGUUGCAAGAGCUCGAGCUCUCGUCACGAAGUUCUCUAUGAACGAAUUCAAAAAAGCUGUGUAGCUUCAAAUAUUUUUUAUGAAAUCCACGUAGAUAGUGAGAAGGUAGACAAUGUCGCUCUACUUUGAUACACGCGUGCAAAAUCCUGAAACCGCGUCGAUAAGCACUGACGCGAACUGGCAUGCAAAUUAUCCUCUGCUGGCCGUCGCUGCGUAUUCCCAGGACAAGGGUGGUUUCGUGACGAUUUAUGAUGAUCAGGGAGAGCUUAUGCAGGAAGUUGAAUCGCCCAGACAUUCCGUUGCCCAAGUAACUGCCCUUGGAUGGCAUCCAGAGAGGAGGUGGCUCGCAGUAGGAUGGGAAAGCGGAGAAUUGCGGGUAUGGCCAGGCGAUACCGGCACAGCAGAAUUCAACUUAGUAGUCACUCCGCAUCGUGAUUCCAUCACGAUUCUGCAAUGGAGCCAGCAUGGAGGAAGGCUGGUAUCUGCAGACUCGGCUGGGUCCAUAGUCGGUUGGAAGAUCGACUCCAGGGGUCAACUGUUAAUGAUGUUCCAUCAUGAACUGAAAGACUCCUUCACGCAAAUAGUAUUCAAGACUGUUGCCCCAAAGUCGAUGAUGGACAUAAGCGGUUUGGCGAGAGCUGCAGUGGCAGGAGACGAGAGAGCGUUGGACAUGUUCAGCUCUUGGCGCCCUCGAACAGCUGCACCUACAGCAUCUGUUAUUCAGAAAGAUAAUCACGCCUUUUAUAUAGGGACCACUGGAGGUGUAAUUUACUUCGUCGACAAUCAGGGACAGUGCGCGGAAAUUCUUAGCACGAACGGUGCCACGUUACAGUUUCUCCUACACCAUCAGACCAGAGAUUCUUUGAUCGUUAUGACCGACGGUUUGAACAUACAGCACUUUCAAACAGAUCCCAUUACAGGCCGACUGACCGAAUUAACAAAAGUGAAACUUAGCAGUAGGUCAGAUGCAUCGCGAACUGGUCCAGCGAUUUGUUGGGCUGGGAUAAACAUUUUAGCGAUUCUCACCGGCGAAUUGGGCGUCCGUUGCUGGGAUCUUCACACCGGAGAUACCUACGUGCUCUCCCCAUCGGAUUCGAUUAUGGGAAGCAUCGCCACCCCGCAAGAAAUAUGUACAAGCAUAUCUUUUUGCAAAAAUAAUGGCACUCUAGCUGCGGGAACGAAUUUGGGAACAAUUUACUUAUGGAAACGCAAAGUUGAAACCGAUGGCGAUGAGACCGGGUGGCCCGAUGUUCCCGAAUCUUGCAGCGUCCACGGUACCGUGAAACAACUCACGUGGGGCGCUUCUUUAUUACGUAGUCCGUUACUCGCCGUGAACUGCCUCACAAACGUUUUCAUAUUACAUCAGCAACCGAUGUGCGCUAUGUACAAUGACGGCGUUUGCGCCAGCCAAUUGAGUCCUACCCAGAUUUUGAUCGAAAUCGACGGCACGACCCACGUGUUGAAAACUGAGAUUCAAGUGCAGCUGGUAGCUGUCAAUAAAGAAUACGUGUCCGUCUCGUCUGGUAGACAAAUAGUAACGUACAGGAUGAUCAGGGAUACCUCUUUGAAUACUACUUUGAUCACCAAUUUCAGCUGCGACACGGAGAAACUGUUGAUUUACGAUCACACUCUAAUCGUUCUCACUCCUGUUGUUAUACAAUUGCGUUCGAUGGAAGGUACGGUUGUUCAGACGUUGCCGACGUUGCCGGAGGAAGGCGAGCCGAUCAUUAUGGACCUGACCGGGCAGUAUCUAACGGUCGGGUCUUUGAACGGUAUCUUGAAGAUUUGGGAUCUGAGUAAACGGGAAGCGAAGCUGCACACCAGAGCGAUGCAAGCUUACGAGGCGAUCAGCGAUUUCGCCGAGAUCAUCGAGGCGAGUUGUAACGCCGAUUGCCGCUGCGUGUCGAUCACCGUCGCGAUGGCCAAUUUGAUGCCCAGUCCGGUCCUCUACGUAUGGGACAUAGAAAGCGAUCAGAUACACGAGUUCGACUUUUCCGAGUCGAAGGAUUUAGAUGAAGACGAAACCGCGUUGGCUGUUAAAUGUAGAGGAAGGCUGGUCACCGCGCAUUGUUGGGACGCGGAAGAUCCUAGACUGCUGGUGUGUCGAGCUCAGAGAUUGGAGACGAGAGACUUAAAGCAAUCGUCGAAAUUAACAAACGAGAACGAUUAUGACGUGUCGAAAACGACGGUAGUCUUGGUAUCGAUGUUCGCUACGUCUGACCACGGGAUCGUUGUCCAGGAUAUAAAACCCAUCAAAGACGAGAAUUGCCGAGUGUUAGGCGUUCAUACUCCGUACUUAAUUAUCUUGAACUCUGAGAAAAUCGCGGAGAGGAACAGUAAAAUAACGAAGCUGCUUAUGCGAGAUUUUGAGGAACUCGGCGAGUGCGAUUCCGCUACGAAAAAAGCUGUGCUGGAUUUCAGUUUCCACAUUAGCGUUGCCAACAUGGACGAGGCUUUCAAGGCGAUAAAGUCGAUUAAGAACGAAGGGAUUUGGAAAAGCCUCGCGCGAAUGUGUGUAAAGACGAAACAGUUGAACAUGGCUCUUCUUUGUCUCGGUCACAUGAAACAGGCCAGGGCGGCGAGAGCUCUCAGAGAGGCUAUGCAGGACGACAGUUUAAAUUUGGAAGCGAAAGUAGGAAUAUUAGCCGUGGAAUUAGGACUGUAUAACGACGCUGAACGUUUGUUCCGCGAAGGUAAAAGACUGGAUUUAUUAGGCAGGCUACUGGAGGCACGAAAUAAAUUCAAGGAAGCGAUAGAAUUGGCCAGUAACGAGAAUAAGAUUUGCGAAAAGACGAGUUAUUACAAUUAUGCGAAAGCCCUCGAACAAGAAGGGAAAAUAGCGGAAGCUAUAGAGAUGUACACGAAGGCGGAUUGCCAUAGGUUCGAGGUACCGAGGAUGUUACUUGCGAGACCCAGGGAGCUGUUAACGUAUCUCAACAACUCCGAGGAUACGGAAAUCAAAAACUGGCACGCGCAGUACAUCGAAUCGACGGGAGACAUGGAAGGAGCUUUGAAACUGUAUGAACAGGCAAAUAACACCUUAGCUAUGACCCGACUGCUCUGCUAUUUCGGCAGGGAGGACGAAGUGGGCGAACUGGUAUCGCGGACGAACCACGCUGCUUCCGCGUACCAUUUGGCUGCUCAUUACGAGUCGAAAAACAACGUGACUCAGGCGAUUCAUUUCUAUACCAUUGCGAAAGCGUACACGAACGCGAUCCGGUUGUGCAAGGAGCACGAUAUGUUCGAGGAACUGUGGCCCCUGGCUGUACUGGCUCCGAGGCAAUCGCAGAUAGACGUGGCGAAGUAUUACGAGGAGAAUGACCAACCGGAUAAAUCGGUUCUGUUGUAUCACAAAGCAGGAUUAUUGCACAAGGCUUUGGAGAUCGCAUUCAAGACGAAACAGUACAGCGCGCUGCAAUUGAUCGUCAUGGAUGUGAACGCGGAUUCCGAUCCCGCUUUGAUAGAUAAAUGCGCCGAAUACUUCGUUCAAAACGAUCAGAUCGAGAAAGCGGUCGAUUUACUCGCUACGGGAAGGAAAUACCUCGAAGCUUUGGAAUUGAUGCAGAAGCAUAAUAUUCUGUUGAGCGAGGAUUUAGCUGAGAAAAUGACGUUGGACAAAGUUGACAACGAUCUGGACCAUGAAAAGAUUCGAAUAUCGAUAUUGGAGAGGAUCGGCGAGAUCGCAUUCGAGCAAGGAAACUAUCAUUUAGCGACCAAAAAGUUCACCCAGGCUGGUAACAAACUGAGAGCCAUGAAAGCGCUUUUAAAAUCCGGAGACACGGAGAAGAUCUGUUUCUUCGCUCAAGUGUCUAGACAAAAGGAAAUUUAUAUAAUGGCUGGAAACUAUUUACAGUCCUUAGAUUGGCAGAAUCAGCCCGAAGUAUUGAAGAAUAUUAUCAACUUUUAUUCGAAAGGGAAAGCAAUGGAUUUGUUGGCGAAUUUCUACGUUGCCUGUGCUCAAGUCGAGAUCGACGAGUUUCAGAACUACGAAAAAGCAUUGGACGCUUUGAACCAGGCAGGGAGAUGCCUAGCCAAAGUGACCACGACGAGAGACCUCGAUAUUCACAAGAGGGCUGUUGAUCUUGUAAAUAACAGAAUAGCUGCGAUCAGGCGUUAUUUGGAUAUAAAGAAGCUGUUCGAUAGAGGUGAAACUAAUGCCGCCAUGCAACAGGUGCGACAGUUACUCGAAUCUCAAGGCCCGGAUUUGGAGAAAUCGGUUCGACGGGGCGAUCUGUUCGCGACUAUAACUCAGCAUUACAUAGAGAUCGGCGACACCGACAAGGCUCGCGCUACCGUAGAGGAAUUAAAACGUUUAGUACCUGGAAUUAAUCUCGGUUAUUACUACAAUGUCGGAGUAUUAGAAAGUCUCGGUUACAAAAUGAAGAUUCAACGCGAGGAAAGCUCCGACAAGGAAGACGAUAUCGAAGAACUUUUAGGUGAAUAGAUGUGUAUAUAAUUUUGUAAUUUGAAUGCACCGAGUUAAAUAACGCAAUCCGUCCAGUCGUGUGAUCAAGUAUAGAAAAUAUUGAUUUGGCUGAUAAAUCAUCGUGCCUUUGAAGCCUGUCAGAACCAAGUGAAAGUUUCUUGUUAUAAGUUCCUUAAAGAAUGCAAGAUGACUCGUUGGCCAAAACAAAUUGAAUUGUUAUAUCAAAGCGUUU